GGCCGGCGGCAGCAAUGGCGGCCAGCGGCAAGUCCUUCCUGGCCGACGCGGGCUACGGCGAGCAGGAGCUGGACGCCAACUCCGCCCUCAUGGAGCUGGACAAAGGCCUCAGGUCUGGCAAGCUCGGGGAGCAGUGCGAAGCCGUCGUUCGUUUUCCCAGGCUCUUCCAGAAAUACCCGUUCCCCAUUCUCAUCAACUCGGCGUUCCUAAAGCUGGCCGAUGUUUUCAGAGUGGGGAACAACUUCCUGAGGCUGUGUGUGCUGAAAGUUACUCAGCAGAGUGAGAAGCACUUGGAGAAGAUCCUAAAUGUGGAUGAAUUUGUCAAGAGAGUUUUCUCAGUAAUCCACAGCAAUGAUCCGGUUGCUCGGGCUAUUACGCUCCGGAUGUUGGGCAGCAUGGCAUCUAUCAUUCCGGAAAGGAAGAAUGCACAUCACAGCAUUCGCCAGAGUUUGGAUUCCCAUGAUAAUGUGGAAGUUGAAGCUGCUAUAUUUGCUGCUGCCAACUUUUCUGCACAAUCUAAGGAUUUUGCUGUUGGAAUAUGUAAUAAAAUCAGCGAGAUGAUUCAAGGUUUGGCCACACCUGUGGACUUGAAGCUGAAGUUGAUCCCUAUUUUGCAGCACAUGCACCACGAUGCCAGCCUGGCCUCCAGCUCCCGGCAGCUGCUGCAGCAGUUGGUGACAUCCUACCCCUCCACCAAGAUGGUCAUUGUCACUCUGCACACCUUUACUCUGCUUGCUGCAUCUUCUUUGGUUGACAUUCCCAAGCAGAUUCAACUUUUGUUGCAGUACUUGAAAAAUGACCCCAGGAAGGCUGUGAAGAGGCUUGCAAUCCAGGAUUUGAAGUUGUUGGCCAACAAGACACCACAUACAUGGAGCAGAGAAAAUAUUCAGGCACUCUGUGAAUCUGCUCUUAACACUCCUUAUGACAGCUUGAAAAUGGGCAUGUUAUCUGUUCUUUCCACAUUAUCAGGGACCAUUGCCAUUAAACAGUACUUCAGCAGUGCUCCAGGAGCAGCUGCUACAACUGCCAGGUCAUUUGAUUUGGUAAAACUAGCACAGGAAUGCUGUUACCAUACUAACCGUGGCAUUGCUGCUCAUGGAGUGAGAAUUCUGACCAAUAUUUCAGCCUCUUGCCAGGAAAAAGAUCUUCUGCCUUUGGAGCAAGAUGCAGUUUUUGGCUUAGAAGCUCUUCUUGUUCUCUGUAGUCAAGAUGACAGCCCAGGAGCUCAGGCAACCUUAAAGAUCACGCUGACCUGCAUGGUGAAGCUGGUGAAGUGCCGCCCUCACCUGAGCCAGUCUGUGGUGGAAUCCCUGCUGGCACAGCUGCACAGUGCCCAGGACAAUGCCAGGAUCCUCAUGUGCCACUGCCUGGCAGCCAUUGCCAUGCAGCUGCCUGUCUUGGCAGAUGGGAUGCUAGGAGACCUAAUGGACCUCUAUAAAUUAAUUGGACAAUCUGCUACAGAUAAAAAGCAGGAACUCUUGGUUUCUCUUGCCACGGUGAUAUUUGUUUCCAGUCAGAAAGCUUUGUCCACAGAAAUCAAAACUGUUAUCAAACAGCAGCUUGAGAAUGCCUCCAAUGGGUGGACAGCCUACAGGAUAGCCAGGCAGGCUUCCAGGAUGGGCAACCACGACAUGGCCAGAGAGCUGUACCAGAGCCUGCUGACCCAAGUGGCUUCAGAGCACUUCUACUUCUGGCUGAACAGCCUGAAGGAGUUCUCCCAUGCAGAGCAGUGCCUGGCAGGCCUGCAGGAGGACAACUACAGCUCCGCGCUCUCCUGCAUCGCCGAAGCCUUGAAGUCCUACCACAAAGGAAUAGCGUCACUGACGGCUGCUAGUACGCCACUUAAUCCUCUGAGCUUUCAAUGUGGAUUUGUGAAACUCAGGAUUGACCUUCUGCAAGCUUUUUCUCAACUUAUUUGUACCUGCAACAGCCUCAAAACAAGUCCACCCCCAGCUAUUGCCACAACGAUCGCUAUGACGUCGGGAAAUGAUCUCCAGAGGUGUGGCCGCAUCUCCAACCAGAUGAAACACUCAAUGGAGGAAUUCCGAAACUUGGCUACACGGUAUGGAGAUCUCUAUCAGUCAUCUUUUGAUGCAGACUCAGCAACUCUAAGGAAUGUAGAACUACAACAGCAGAGCUGCCUGCUGAUUUCACAUGCAAUAGAAGCUCUGAUUUUGGAUCCAGAAUCUGCAAGUUUCCAGGAAUAUAGCUCAAAUGGAACAGCUCAUGUUGAAAGUGAAUAUGAAAGAAGAAUGAUGUCUGUAUUUAAUCAUGUACUAGAGGAAGUGGAAUCCCUCAACAGGAAGUAUGCUCCUGUGUCUUACUUGCAUACAGCUUGUCUGUGCAAUGCUGUCAUUGCCUUGUUGAAGGUGCCCCUUUCAUUUCAGAGGUACUUUUUCCAAAAGCUGCAAUCUACAAGUAUUAAGCUCGCUCUAUCCCCAUCUCCAAGGAACCCAGCAGAGCCUAUAGCAGUACAGAACAACCAGCAGCUGGCCCUCAAGGUGGAAGGAGUGGUUCAGCACGGAUCUAAACCAGGCCUUUUCCGUAAAAUCCAGUCUGUCUGUCUGAAUGUCUCUUCAGUGCUGCAGAGCAAAUCUGGACAAGACUAUAAGAUUCCUCUUGACAACAUGACCAAUGAAAUGGAGCAGAGGGUGGAACCGCACAACGACUACUUCAGCACUCAGUUCCUGCUAAAUUUUGUGAUCCUUGGCACCCACAACAUCACCGUGGAGUCCUCUGUGAUAGAUUCAAAUGGUAUCGUCUGGAAAACUGGGCCUAAAACAACUAUUUUUGUGAAGUCUCUUGAGGAUCCAUACUCCCAGCAGGUUCGUCUCCAGCAGCAGCAGGGCCAGCCUCCGUCGCAGCAGCAGCAGCAGAGAACCGCGUACUCGCGCUUCUGAUUCCACCAGUGACUCCAGCAGGUCAACUGGUACUGCCGGUUUUUUGGACACUUCUUUUUUAAAUGUUUUUUGAAGAUUUUGUAUUGCAGCCUUCUCCUAGAAAGUCACAGAUGCCAGUUUGUUGCUUCUUGAAUUAUCUGGAGUAAAUUUGAACUUGAUUCAGCAGAGGCAGCUGUUUAAAUUUGGAGGUGUGCUCUUAGUAUAAGAACUUCUGCCUGAUCUCUAACUUUGGUUUACAAACCUGUUCCAGCAGGCUCCACAAACUGCAAUGGCAGGGGACACUAGGCUUCUUGACUGGUACUUUCUGUGCUGUUGUUUUUUGAAGCACAUAGGUUCUAAUGUCAGGUUUACAGGACAUAGGGAAGCACUUCUGUUUGGCUGGUUACACACACUUGGUAUUACACUCAUUUCUGUGUCUUUUAAUGUGAAGGAAUUGGCAGGAAUAUCCAGAGAUUCUUUUUCUGACAUUUUAUUUGCAAGUUCCAGUAUUUGGCUGGUGUAUGUAUGUUAUUAAAAUUCUUCAGCACAACUUAGUGCAUGCAGCUGGAAGAAAAAAAAUUGCAGUUCACUUGUGAUACCCAGUCGCUGCAGGGAGAGGAGACUGCUUGAGGGUUUGCUGUCUGGGGAGUCUUGCAAGAGGCAGAGUUUUACAGGUGGGAAUAAUCACUGUGUCUUAGAUUAUAUGGAAGCUAUUACCAUGUUGUUUUUUAAAAUUUUCAUGCAUCUGUAUUUCUGAAAACUUUUGUAGGGUUUUUUUUAAUUUGCUCUUUUAAGAGGGAAAUUAAAAUGAAUGACACCUUACACGUUGACAGCUCUUUUUUAAAAUGAGUCCUUUAUACCAAAACUUUGUAUCUUACGUGUUCUUUGACCAACUUGCGAAGCUUAACUGUUAAUUUUACAAGAUGACUGACUUGGAAUAGAAUUUUGCCAAUUCUAGAAAUUGAUCCAGAAUAAUUUUGGAAAUACACUGCUUCAUACAUAAUUUUCACACUUCCUUUGUGAUAUAAAAGGCUGAACUGUAUCCAGACUCACAGGCAGUAGAUCACAUAACAUGACCUUCACCUGCUCUUCAUAAAUAGUCUCUGCUUAUCACUCUGUAGGAAAGCAGGAUCCACUUGAGUGAGGAGGAGGAGGGUUGGCACUUCUUACAUACUUCAGCUUGUUAAUCCCUAUCUCUUGUAGCAGAAAUUUCUCUUGUUAUUUUCUCAGCAAAAUCCCAUGCUACUGUCAUUUCUUCAAUCUGAUUUCAUUCUAGAGUUGACUAGAGUUUACAGAUUUUGCUUGCUUCAAGUUCAGAGAAUAUGAUAAUGAAUUGCUGUAAGCUGAGGCUUCUUUUGCAUAGCAGGAUGAAGAAUUUUUUGCUGUGUUUUCCCAUAGUAGUUCUUCUUGGCUGGAGAUUAUCCAAAAAAAACCAAACAAAUUGGAAGUGAUGAUGCUAGAUAUCAUACCUUGGUCAGGCUGUAAUCCUAACUAGAAAUGGUAACUGGGAGGCAAGAUUGAAAUAGAAGACACAAAAUUGGUGAAACAUUGAGCAGCAUCCUCUGAAAAUUAUUUUCCUUUUGAGCAAGAGACACAAAGUGCCACCACCUUUCAAGCUGACUGAGGAAAGUGGUGGUUUCUGUCCCACUUUUGUGGUUCCUUGGCCAUAGUUUGGUGUGUGUGUAUACAUGCAGCUGUGUGUGCACACAUGCAUAUAUGUACCUGUAGCUACAGCUCAUUAAAUGGUCCAGAAAGAGGUGAUUGACCUGCUGCUGUCUAGGCUUUCUGUCAGAUUGAAGAUCUGAACUCUUUGUGGUCAGUUGGGUUUUUUCAUUAAAGCCAUAGAUCAGUGUCUUUACCACAAAAGUCUCUGUAUUUAAAAAAAAAAAAAGACUUCGAGAUCAAAGAGGUUUUUUUAUCCUGCAUAAUGAAUGUGUGUUUCUUGCUCUUAUUGACCAGUAUGUUGGUGGAAACCUUUGACAGUGCCUUUCCAAAACAACUCAGAAAUUACAAGACAUUUCCAUGCUGGAAAUGUGAUGUUCAGUCAUAAGUCAUGUGAUGUUCAGAGUGGGAAAGCCCUGCUCUGGCCUGAGCUUAACUGUCUGUGAGCUGGUGAGAUUAACCCUACUACAGCUGAACAAAGUGUUCCUUCUUUAAACAUGUCUGCUUGCCUGAUCUGAGAGGCCUCUAGAACUCCAAGAACUUAUAGCAGUUUUAAAGCCCAGCAAAUAAUACUUGAAGCCUGAGAAUCUGGAUGCUAGGUGUGGGAGAUUGCAGGGGAAGGAAAAUUGCAAUUGCUACUUUAUUGGAAAUUACCUUAUAUAGGAAGGUGGCUUGCUGUACAAAUACCUGUAUUUCUAACAAACUCUGAAGAGUUUCUCGUGCUCAUUCAUUUGCAGGUUAGUUAUAUGUGUGUUCUGAUCAGGAAAGACCCUGUACCUGUUAGUAAGUUCUCCUUUUAUACAAGCACAGUGUUUUAUGUUUUGGUGGAUUUGUAGUGAGUUUAUUUAGUGUGUGUGUGUUUUGUUUGUUUUCUAACGUGGUGUAUUUUUUAUUCCUAAUAAGCUGGGAAAUACACCUGUCAAACAGAAACCAUUUUAUGGCACACAAUGUCUCAAAAUACCUAAAGAGAAGUGAGGAAGAGUGUUAAAGUUACAGCAAUAUACAGAAAGCUGCUGUUGGAACUAUCAGCAGUGAAUGUGAUCCUUGACUAUUAGUGGAAGCAAGGAGGUUAUUCUUAUUUGAGUCCUGCAUUCAGUUUCUGGUGCCUGUACUUGAAGAUGUGCAACAAAGAAUUUGGAAGGCACUUCUAA